GUGCGUGAUCAUUUGAGAGAUCAACGGUUUGUCGAAAGAGAUUUUUCUGGAGUUCUGGAGAAUCAGCAGCGUCAGCAUCAGUCUUCGCCAGUCCUCGCCGAUCUUCGGAAGCCCGAAACGCACGAUAAGCUGCCGUACUGCAAGCAAGCAUCAUGAUUCGAUGGCGCGUUCCAAAACGGGUGCUUAUCGCUACACUGUCGUCGAUUGCCCUCUACUUCUUCCUGUCCUCGGGCUAUCGCGAGUACGAGCUGAGCGGGGUGCUGCCUCACACGAAACCGGAAGAUGUGUGGGACUUUCUGGCCGAUUUUAGCCAUAUGAAGCGGCUCAACCCAACAAUUCUCGACUUCAAAGUGGUUUCGGAGAGUGGAUACAGAAACGACUGGAAGUACACGGUUUCUUACGAAGAGAAGCUCUCGCACUGGCCCUACACCUACAACCAAGGUGUCGGCCACUACAUGGUUACCAAGCUAUCCGAUGCCAACGGUGGCGUGUACUCGGUCGCUUCCAAGCACCGUACUUGCUUCCUGUCCGGUUUCUACUGUCCGCAAGCUGAAGGAGAGUUCACGAUAAGACGCAUCAACGAUCACGAUACACUGGUGACCGAGCUCGUUCGCUACACGUGUCCCUUCUUCUUCGGAUCCUUCUGUCGGCGCGAGGUGGAGUAUCAGCGCCACGAAAUCAUGAGAAAGCUAAAGGAACACUUUGAGCAUCUUCGCCAUCAGAAGAUACAAGCAGGAAGAGGAUAAGAGGACGGUGACGGUUUUAUAAUGUGUGGGUGAAGGUUCAUUAUGCUGGCAACGAUGUUGCAGUCUUGUUGCUAGCCUAACUUUUCACAGAAACCAUGCAUUCAUACACAAGAAUCGUACUUAUUGCUUACCAAGCAAUGACUUUUUAUUGAUGUAAAAUAUGAAAUAAAAUUGAUUAAUGAGGUUGAUGAAUGAGUGCCAUAAAUAAAAAAUUGAUUCAUACAGCGUUUAAUAUUAAUUUUUGGGAAAAAAA